UGUCACAGCGGCUGCCAAACGGUCUGUCAAACAAGUCUAAAGUUGGAGGACGGGAGAGGAGGAUGAAUUCAGUGAUGAGAAUACGGCAGCUGGAAGAAACGCGCGGUGUGUGUGGAGCCUGUAUUGCAGAAUGAUGACCGGACGUUGUAUUUUUGGCGGAUAUCAGGCAGCAGCGGCGGCAGCGGGGAGGCUGCUGUGAGGCGGAGGAGCGGGCUAAGUGUCCCUCUAGCUGCUGCUAGCCAGUUAGCGAGCGAGUUAGCAUUAAGCGGUCUGCUACUGUUAGCAUCGAGUGUCUGCUUUGAAACGUUGGCCAGCUCCCCCCGAGUUUGACUGCAGGCCAGAAGAUCCAGAAGAGUCCGGUUCUCCUGAAGAGGACAUCAUGGACUACAAGGACAAAGUACAGAUGAGGCAUAACCCUCGCAGACAGCUGAAGAAGCUGAGCGAGGACAGUCUCACCAAGCAGCCAGAGGAAGUCUUUGAUGUCCUGGAGAAGCUGGGUGAAGGGUCUUACGGCUGCGUAUUUAAGGCUCAUUAUAAAGAAACUGGGGAGAUCGUAGCCAUCAAACAAGUUCCUGUGGAGUCUGAUCUGCAAGAGAUCAUCAAGGAGAUCUCCAUCAUGCAGCAGUGUAACAGUCCCCACGUGGUGCGCUACUAUGGCAGCUACUUCAAAAACACAGACCUGUGGAUCGUCAUGGAAUAUUGUGGCGCUGGGUCCGUAUCGGAUAUCAUCCGAAUACGUAACAAGACGCUCAAAGAAGAGGAGAUAGUCACCAUCCUUCAGUCCACUCUGAAAGGUCUGGAGUAUCUUCACUUCAUGAGGAAGAUCCACAGAGACAUCAAAGCAGGCAACAUCCUGCUGAACUCGGAGGGUCAGGCCAAACUGGCCGACUUUGGAGUUGCUGGACAGCUCACAGACACGAUGGCGAAACGAAACACUGUCAUCGGCACGCCGUUCUGGAUGGCUCCAGAAGUCAUACAGGAGAUCGGAUAUAACUGUGUGGCAGAUAUCUGGUCUCUGGGAAUAACAGCUAUAGAAAUGGCUGAGGGCAAGCCACCCUACGCGGACAUACACCCAAUGAGGGCCAUCUUCAUGAUUCCCACAAACCCUCCCCCAACCUUUCGGAACCCGGAUCUGUGGUCUCCGGGCUUCCGGGACUUUGUCAGCCAGUGUUUAGUGAAGAACCCAGAAAACAGAGCUACGGCCACACAGCUGUUACAGCAUCCGUUUAUUAAAUCGGCCAAGCCCAAUUCCAUCCUCAGAGCUUUGAUCACAGACGCCAUGGAGAUCAAACUGAAGAGACAGGAGGAAGAACAAAGAGAGCAGGAUGCAGACGACGAUGAGAAUUCGGAUGAAGAUGAGGUUGACCAGGGGACGAUGGUUCGGGCAGGUACGGGUGACUCAGGAACCAUCCGGGCUGCCGGUUCUUUAGGAAGUUCUCUUGGAAGCUCCGCAGGAACAAUGAUUGAACACGAUGACACGGGAACCUUGCAGUCACAGCUGGGCACCAUGGUCAUCAACUCUAAUGAUGACGAGGACGAUGAUGAUGACGAAGAUGCUGGCACUAUGAAAAGGCGAGAUGAGACCAUGCAGCCUGCCAAGCCAGCCAAGCCGUCCUUCCUGGAGUACUUUGAGCAGAAGGAGAAGGAGGCGAACAUUCAUAAUGACGGAGGAGGAAAAGGACAAAACAACGCUGAUAACCGCAAACUGCCCGGAGAAGGAGAUCUUGAAGUGGUAAGCACGUGGUCGGUGGAGGAUCUGCGGCUGAAGCUCGCCUCUCUGGACCCUCAGAUGGAGCAGGAGAUCGAGGAGAUCCGCCAGCGCUACCAGUCCAAGAGGCAGCCCAUCCUCGACGCCAUCGAGGCCAAAAAACGAAGGCAGCCGAACUUCUGAGAAGUUCUGAAGGAUUUCUCUCACGUUUCCCGCAGCAGUUUGGAGGAACGUCACCGAGGCUGCUGGAGUUUCUGCGUGAUGUGACGUUUGGGGAGUGAGGAUUAUCGGUUUGACGUCUGCCUGCUGAGCUUUUGGACCUUUGUCUAAGAAAAACUGUAGAAAAGCUGUUCAGCUGAAUAUCAUUGACAUUUAUUUUGUCUGCUUGAGAUCCAUGAUCCUUCUGUUUGUGGCAUUUCUUUUCAUUUCAGUAUCAUCAGCAGCAGUUUUGGACUCGAGUUUCUUUCUGCUUAUUUCAAGCUUGCACACAGUUGCUUUAAGGAGGUGAACAGGUGAACAUACCUGGAGACCGUCAGGUCCUGUCUGUAAUCAUGUGGUACAUCAUCAUUUGAACUGCUGACUGUUAAACUUCGGUACUCGUCUAUUACUUAACUUCUUGCCAUCAUUGUUGGUGAAGCUGCGGAGCUUUUCUAGGUUUCUGCGUCUGACAGCGAGGUGUUUUAUAGAACAGGAUGAAUCUUCAUUCUUGAAAAAUGCACAAAAAUGUAACAUGGACAGUGGAUAAAACUGGGUUCUGUCGGCACGUCUGCUUUUCCAAAGAUCUCUAAAAGACAACAAAUCACUGAAUUUGAAUUCACAGCUAAAAGCAGAGGAGAUAACCAGUUUUUCUCCUCUUCCACUCGACUGGUCAUCUGAGAGAUGCUGCACAUAUUCUGUGUUUCCACACAGUUUUCUCUGAACUCCAAAGCUAAGGUUUCUUUCAAAGCUGCUUGAGGAAACUCUCUAAUCUGGUACAUGUCCCUGCGUUUCUGUUUUCUACAUUUCAUAACUUGGUGUUACAUUGAAGUCCUACUCAUUAUAUCGGACUUUGUGUUUGUGCCUCGCGACCAAACUGUUACUAGAUCUUUUCUUUUGUCUUUGAUCUUCUGUGGGCUGAAGCACAUUUCUCUCACUCCUGCAGCUGCAGCAUGAAGCCAGCCUGCAGAAUUACUUCAGUAAAGAAGACAGAAAAAUGGGAUCAGUUAGUGCAGAGUGUGGUUCGUGAACCAGACGUAUUCUUUGCUUUGUAGAGCACAUCAUUUCACUUUUUCCAGUUUUAUAUAUUUAUAAGAUUAUGCGAUCGUCAUCUCAGCUCUUGGGCCAGUUAAUGAGGAGUGUUUACAGUUUACAGGUGAUGAUUCUGCUCUCUGAUUGGUUUGUUCGGUUGGGUUUCGGUUGUCUGUCGGCUUGUGGGUCAGAAGAUGAAUCUGACAGGUUGAGAUGAUCAAAAAGAAAAGAAAAAAGAAAUCUGGCUACAUGAAAUUACAAAUCUGUAGAACUAUGUCAAUAUUUAGUAAAUGUUUCUAACACACUGUAAAUUAGGAGUUAAAAGACAUUUUCAAGUGUUUCCAGUUUGUGUCGACAUUCAUAACUCCAGUAUUACAGUACGUCAUCAGUAUCCUGUCAUUACAGCACAGGAGGAGUUAUUGUUGUCGACAUGCAGACUAAAUGAAGUGCCCUUUUUAUUUUUUUAUACGUUUCCUUUGUUUGAGUGGGUCUCUGAGUGUAGCACGGGGCACAGUGGCUGCCCGGCCGCUGGUUUGACUCGUCCUCAGAUGAACUUCGCUCACUGUUCUCGCUAAACUGAAGCAAAACUUGUUGUAGAGAAACUCCCUAAAGUCCAGCAGGGGGCAGUAGACAGAUUUUCCUGAGUGAAGUGGAGUGUGUGGAGCUCGGGGGCUAAAAUGAUUGUGCUCUACACAGAAAAUCCCUCAUUUGACUUUUUUUGUGUUUGUUUUUUGAUAAAAAUAAAAUUACACUCAGGCCAUUUAAUUUUUCUUCCAGUGAAGCAGAUUUUUUUUUUCUUUCGAGUUAAAAUGUUCGCAUUGUGCUAAAACAUGCUGAUUGGUCAGGACGGCCCCCUCGACUAUGCCCGUUCCCAGAGCAGUGUGGUUGAACCACAGCACAAUCAGAA